AUGGGCAUCAAUGAGUUGCCUGAUGAUUUACUCUUGCGGAUUCUGUCUUUGGUUCAGACAAAAACUGUCUUCGACGCUCAGGUUUUGUCUAAGAGAUGGCGAAAUCUCUGGAGACAGUCAACAAGUCUCUUCAAUGAUUAUACCUCUCACAAAUCUGAAUCCAAGUUUUUAGAAUUCAUCGAUAGAACAAUGGAAUUACUAGAGUCUCCGGUUUUAGAGAGGUUUUAUCUCAGAAUUGCUCCAACAGAUACUAGUUCUUCUAGUGUUGUUCUCAGGCGAGAUCUACUAGCCAAGCGACCCGUGCGUGAGCUAGAUUUAAUAAGCAAUAACCCUAAUCGGACACAAAUAACAAAGGCUAUCUAUCAGUUUCAAACGCUUGUGAUCUUGAGACUCGAAAGCUUUAGUCUUGAAGAUCAUUAUGGUAACCUGGUUUCAUUACAAUCCCUCAAAGUCUUGCAGCUUUGCCGUGUGAAAUACUCAAGCGACGAGUCUCUCUCUGAUCUUUUAUCUAAUUUACCAAGUCUCGAAGAACUGAUUUUGGAUCGAUGUUUGAGUGUUAAACCCGCUGCAACUCUAUCUAUCGCGGUGCCUUGUUUGCGAAGAUUGACAGUUGUUAGAUGUCCUGAUACUUGUCGAAACGAUCUUAUGAUGUUGAAGGUUAAUGCACCUUCUUUGAAAUACUUAAACGUUGAAGAUUAUUGGAGAAACGUUUCUUUUGGUGGUGUGAAGAUGGAAGAGCUCGUAGAAGCAGAUGUUAAUGCUACUUUUAUCGAUACCGAGAAGCUUCUGAGAACUAUUAUAUCCGUUAAACGGCUUUCGCUAUGUUUAGUCCCUUCAAAGAUUCCGCAGAUUAAUGACUUCUUUGAUCAACUUGUUCGUUUGGAGAUAUGUACAUGCCAACAAGAAUGGUGGGAUAUUCUUGAGAGAGUCUUGUUAGAUUCACCUAAACUACGCGUUCUCAAGCUUCAUCAGAAACAUUCUUUUGGGAUUUCAGAUCCCACGGUUAGAUGGAAAGAACCGAGUUCUGUUCCUGAAUGUUUUGCUUAUCAUCUUGAAACAUUCGAGUGGAGAGGUUAUGAAGGAACCGAAGAGGAGAAAAAAUUAGCCAGUUACAUCCUAAAAAAUGCUAGGAGAUUGAAGAUUGCAACGUUCUAUCCACUGAUCUCACACCCUGAUAACAGGAUGCACCAGAUUCUCAGAAAAGAGUUGGAGAAUAUAUCUCGGUAUUUAUUCACUUGUGAUCUUGUUUUCAAGUGA